GUGACGAAAAUAUCCGCCAUUGAUGCUGAUUUGGGAGAAAAUGGUCUUGUGUUCUAUCAACUCGGUGAAGGUCACAAGAAUCGAUUUUAUAUCGAUAGCAAAGAUGGCACUGUGUGGACUCUCUCUAAACUCGACUACGAACAACAGAGAUUUUAUAACAUGACUGUCAUUGCUUACGAUCAUGGAACGCCAACUCAAAGCGCUACGGUCAAGUUGUGGGUUACGGUCACAGAUACUAACGACGUUGUUCCAGAAUUUCAGAAAUCUGUUUACACACUAGAGGUUGCCGAAAGUACCAAAGCUGGUGAGGUGGUGUUCAAACUGGACGCUGGCUCAGGAAAUUUCCAAUACAAGUUAUUGAAUGACCAAGACGUAGACACUUUCAGCAUUGAUGAGGAAACUGGAGAGGUUUUUGUAUCUAAACCACUUGACAGCAUUCACCGAAGUCAUUACCGACUACUUGUCUCAGCAAAGGAUAACAGUGACCCUCCAAAAGUUGAUAAAACUGAGCUAAAUAUUAUUGUUGGUGCAGGAACUGGCGUUCGCUUAUUUCCAUCUCGACUUUAUGAAGUCACCGUUCAAGAGAACAAAGUGGCGCCUCUACCGGUGCUUGAUCUCAACACUACAGAUGAAAUUGCGCAAAAGCCAGUGCAAUAUAGUAUUGUUGAACAGGAUAUUAAUGGUCUUUUUACCAUUGAAGCUCAAACUGGACUUUUGGUUCUAACUGCGACUUUGGACAGAGAGCAGAGAUCUAAGUUCUUCCUGAAAAUUCGAGCUGAAGAUUUUGCUCUAAAACGAUAUGGAAGAUCAGUGGGCCUACGUCAGCUAGAAUCGUAUUAUCUCGCGUACGACGAGACCUUAGUUUUGGUGACAGUUGGUGAUGAAAACGACAACGUUCCUGUGUUUGAAAAUGGAGCACAACCUGUGAUUGCUGCUGUUCCCCUUGAAGCAACAUAUGGCUUUGAAAUUACAAGAGUAAAGGCCAUCGAUGCAGAUAUUGCUUAUAAUGCUGCUAUCCGCUACGAAAUUAUCCAAAAAGACAAAGAUGCGUCGUCAAAAUUUCAUAUUGAUCCAGUUACAGGAAUUAUUCGUUCCAUGGUAACGUUUUCAUUGGACAGAGAAAGAGCUUUUGGGUUUGAUGUCAAGGCUACUGACAGAGAGGGCAGUUCAAAUGGUCAUUCGGCCUUAACUAAUGUCUUUAUAUACGUUUUACCUGAAACCAAGCUAGUCGUGAUUGUCACUGAUACUCAUCCUCUAGUAAUGGAACAGCAUAUGGGCCAAGUAUUAAGCUACUUAUCAAACAUGACUGGCUAUGAAGUACAAGUGGCCAAGCUUGAGUCUCAUCACGAAGGAGACGUAGAACAUCCAGAAUCAUCGGAUCUGUUCCUAUACGGAAUCAAUCGGGAAACGAACGACAUCUUAGAUACAGAAAUAUUAUUAAAAAUUUUAGGCAAGCAAUCAGACACUAUUACCAACGAUUUAUCGCAUUUACGAAUUCGAAGGAUUCAGGAAGUAUCAGUCCAUGCAAAAAUUAGCCAAAUGGGGACCACCGAAAUUGCCAUAAUCGCACUCAGCAGUGUCAUUUUCCUCGGUGGUGUACUUGGCAUUGCACUACUCUGCUCCUCAUGCAAAAAAAGGAAAAUGAAAAAAGGGCAUGCAACGUGGGAACAACAAAGACUGUAUAAUAUUAAAAACACUUUAAUGAACAAGUCUCCAUACGGAGGGAGAAUUUCUGAUGGUUCAGCAGCUCCCCUUUCGCCUUCUUACACUGACGGUACUUCAAAUACCAAAUCUCCAGAUAGCGUUGGAGACCGCAGUUCCAUAGAAAAAAACUAUAAAGAUUCACGACAACAAGUACCACCAGACGGAGCUUCGUCUCACACGCGGUCUAGAAGUCCUAGAUAUGAUGGUUUUAACAAAAGAAAUAAUCAGUGGGAUCUACGUAAAGAUGAAAAUGAUUCUUUCGGAACAAGGUUUUCUCACGGCUCUGCAUUCAAUAGUUGGUCCUCCCGAUAUUCUCAUACUUCUCGAUCGAAGCAAGCCACAGAUUUCUAACCUUGCCGAGUUUCGUCUUACGAUCUAGGAACAAACAACAGAACAAGCGCCAAUUGUAAUUGAUCUUGUCUGCAGUAUGUGUGUGAGUGUGCCUUUCUGUAGAAGUAUGUGGACAAUGUCCGCAUAAUAAAUACUUAACAAGUACUAACAUGUGCUGAAGGCAAGAACUUCCUUUUUCGCUUACCACAAAAUGCAGGUCAGAGAAACUUGGCAAACUCUUUGUGAAUAUAUUACCUUUAGUUAUCACUGUUUUUUGUUUCUCUUCUAACUAACCCUUCUCAUCUUAGUAAUACCAUUAAGUGGAAAGUCAGUCAUCUUAUUCUGUAUAAAUGUUAACUUAUUCAAAUAGUUUAUACAGAGAAACGAUAUGACACGAGGGGAACUCCAGAUAUUUUGGGAUAAUAAAUGAGAUUUAUACAUAAGUUUUGUUUUCAACCCUGCUGAACGUAAGAGAACAUUUAUCAGUGGUAACAGAUCAGUAAACCUAACGCAUAUAAUUCAGAAUGUAAUUAUGUUGCUACAAAAUGCAAUAACUGCAUAUUGAGUUUUGGAGCACUGGACGUUUUCAGGGAAACUCAUAAUGAUGAUUUUAUCCCCUGACUCUAACGUGAGAAAACUUCAUAUUUUGAUUUAAUUUAUUGUGAGAUAAAAAUUAAAAUUUAAUUUGUAAGGUUUAUGUCUGACUUCGUUGACUAUUUGUAUACAGUUCAAAUGCACUGAUAUUUUGAAAGAAAAAUCAAACACCUGAUGCAGUUAAUUAUAGUAAUUAAGUAAUAAAGAAAGUUUUUCUUAAAACAUUGAUUAAUGAUAAAAAAUAAUUGUUAUCUGUAAUGAAAACCUCAGAACUGUAGCAGGUCAUGUAGAUAUAGAUUGGUUGGUGUUAAACACUAUCACUUAUCACUCUACCUUUGCAUUAUUGAGGUUAUAUAGUAAAAUUAAUUUAUCUUGUUACUAAUCAGUGUGAA